UGCCUUGCGCUGAGCCUGCCCAGCAAGAGGGACAUGUCCUGACCUCAGACCUGUGAGAUGGCAGCUACCGGGACGUUCAGCGCCACCAACCCCGGCGACCCCCAGCCCGGGGACCUGAUUGAGAUCUUCCGGCCGGCUUACCAGCACUGGGCCCUCUACCUGGGGGAUGGAUACAUCAUCAACGUGACUCCCGUAGAUGAAGGGCCCCCAGCCACACUUGCCAGCGCCAAGUCAGUGUUCAGCAGAAAGGCCCGGGUGAGGAUGCAGCUCCUGAAGGACGUGGUGGGAAAUGACACUUACCGCAUCAACAACAAGUACGAUGGCUCCUACCCUCCCCUCCCGGUGGAGGAGAUCAUCCGGCGUGCCGAGCGUCUCAUCGACCAGGAGGUGUCCUACGACCUGCUCGGCAACAACUGUGAGCACUUCGUGACACUGCUCCGCUACGGCGAGGGGGUCUCUGACCAGGCCAGCAGAGCUGUGACUACCAUUGGGGUCGUAACAGCUGCCGCCGCUGCCUUCUCCUUGGUGGGCUUGCUCCGGAGCAGAUCCAGAGAGAGACAGUACUGA